AUUUGUUAUAUAGAGGACAUGGACGGCGACGAAGAUAAGGAUCCCUGCGAUGCAGAGGAGUCCAAGAAAUUUGUUAGUGCAAGGGAGUACUACUGCUACAAGCUGCAAGUUCGUAAGAAGCUUUUUAAUAUCAUUUUGUUCGGGGGGCGCCUUUUCCAACAAUGGGCUGUGGACAUGUACAUAAAGAUUGAGACUAUGAGGCUAGACUGGUACUCUAAGCCUAGCAACCAAAAGAUUAUACGAGCUGACCUUUACCAGGGUCUGGUUGACACCAUCGCAGCUGGCGAGGCACGCGGUGAUCGCAUUGGGAAGAGAAUCGUGCUUCCACGCAGCUUUCCUGGUGGUGACCGAGACAUGCAACGGAGGUUCCUUGAUGCAAUGGCCAUAGUUCAGCGGUGGGGCAAACCGGACUAUUUUAUCACGAUGACUUGCAACCCAUACUGGGAGGAGAUAACAACCGAACUAUUACCCGGUCAACUGCCACAAGACCGUCCUGACCUGGUGGCCAGAGUUUAUAGGGCUAAGCAACGACAUUUGAUGGACUUAUUGACCAAGCAAAAACAUUUUGGAGAAGUUGCGGCCUACGUUCAUGUCACGGAGUUUCAGAAAAGAGGUCUCCCGCACGAGCACACACUUCUGAUCAUGAAAGCAUGGAGCAAGUUAAAGACGCCAGAUGACUACGAUAAGGUCAUAUCGGCAGAGAUACCAGACAAAGAGAAGUAUCCUGUUCUUCAUGAUCUGGUGAUCAGACGCAUGUUGCACGGGCCUUGCGGUGAGUUGAGGAAAAGUUGUGCAUGCAUGAUUGAUGGACAGUGCCAUUUUCACUGCCCUCGACAGUUUUGCCCCGCCACACAGCAAGGGAAGGACUCAUAUCCCAUCUACAGAAGGAGGGACGAUGGGCAGAGAGUUCGGAUCAGAGGCACAUAUUUGGACAAUAGAUGGGUUGUCCCUUACAACCCGUCUCUUCUCAUGCGAUACAACUGCCACAUUAACAUCCACCAAAAAAAUGUACACUACUUAUAUCUACUGAAGCUAGUAAAGAGUUUUGGCAUCCUGAAACCAAAAAAAUGUACACUACUUAUACUAAAAAUGGACAAAAUAUCCUGA